GGGUGUGGUGGUGGUGGGGGUGGUUGUUCAGUGCCGGCCUCCCUCUUCGCAGCGUGGCGAGCACGUGUGUGGCGGACUCACUCAUCCCUCUCGCCUCCUCUAUCACUUGGGUCAUCAUCAUCAUCGCUGCUUGACACGUUUUACACAUCUAUUAGCGUACCAUCGUUGAGUGAACUACAUUGUGGCCGGCCACGGCCUGCGCGUUGAGUGGUAUCGCUAAUCACCAAACUCAUUGCCAUUAUCAUCAUAAUCACCACCGCUCACUCGUUUAUUUACGGGCGGCCAGAGUUGUACCGGCCGCAGCGGAUCGUCGUGAGCCGCUUCGUUUGUUUGCGAGCAAUGGCUCAGGUGCAGGCGAGGUUCGUCACGAAAAAUAAAAAGUAUGAGGUGGAUGCAGUCCCCUUCUCGGUGGUGGCCCAGGCUGAGGUCACUGACCUCAGCAACCUCAUCAACAAGCUGCUGGAGGCCCAGGCAGGAGAACACAAGCAUGUGGAGUUUGACUUCCUCAUCGGCGGGCAGUUUUUGCGGAUGACCCUUGGCAAGCACAUGGAGCAGGAGGGCAUCUCCACGGAAACUGUGGUGGAAGUUGAAUAUGUCGAAAAGUUCACAGCACCACAGCCUGAGGAAUGCAUUUUGCAUGAUGACUGGGUCAGUGCUGUUAAAGUAUGUGAUGACUGGAUUCUGUCGGGGUCUUACGAUAAGACGGGGCGUGUCUGGACUACUGAUGGAAAGCCAUUGACGACGUUAAGUGGUCACACGGAGGUGGUGAAGGACGUUGAAUGGAUUAAUAAAGGCGAGGAAUCCUGUCUGCUGCUGACGGCCUCCCAGGACCAGACGGCCAUCAUCUGGGAGUGGAAUGUGCGGCGGAACAAGGCGAAGCCUCGUCACUGUUGCCGAGGACACGCAGGCAGCGUGGAGGCCGUCGCUGUGAACAACACGUACACCAAGUUUUGCAGUGGUUCCUGGGACAAGAUGAUUAAAAUUUGGUCUGCAGUUCCAAACGACCAAGAGGAUGUGGUCGAAGAAGGAAGUAGUGCAAGACCAAAAAAGAAGCAGAAGUUGGAAAAGCUGGGGCUCACCCGGACACCCAUUAUGACGAUAUCGGGUCACAACGAAGCCGUGUCCUCUGUUUUGUGGUCGGAAGAUUUGGAGAUCUGCAGUGCCUCCUGGGAUCACACAAUCAGACUCUGGGACGCCGAGACUGGAGAGCAGAAAGCUUCGCUAGGUGGAAACAAAGUGGUAAACAGCAUCUCCUACUCUCCUCUGUGUAAACGUAUAGCGUCUGGGAGCACCGACCGACACAUUCGCAUCUGGGACCCACGCAGUAAAGGUGGUUCCUUGGUACAGCUGUCGCUCACCUCUCACACGGGCUGGGUGACGAGUGUCAAGUGGUCUCCUCACAAUGACAAGCAGCUCAUCUCGGGCGCUAUUGACAAGAUGGUCAAGCUGUGGGACACUAGGAGCCCCAAGGCUCCCCUAUACGACAUGGCAGCACACGAAGAGAAGAUAUUGUGUGUGGAAUGGGCUGAAAAUAAUAUGCUGCUGAGUGGUGGCGCUGACAACAAACUGGUGACAUUCAACUACUCAGACACUGUCACUGGAGAUGGGGCUUAACACGCAUUUCUCAACCGCACCAGAGAGGAUUUCUCAUUUGCUGCCAGUUGUAAUUGCCACAAGACGAACUUUUUAAUAAACAUAACACGCAUUUUGCCGAAUUGUUAUUUACACCUUUGUGUUUUUAAAUGUAUAACAUUUAUAUGCGUAAAGAAUGUAUGCAUCUUAGUGCGAUCAUAAAAGUUCAACAGUAAGUGACUGGGCAAAGGGUAACUUGCAUUUAAAAGUAAAUUAAUUAAACUCGAGAAAUGUCCAGUAUCAUUAUUUUUGAAUAUAUAUUUCACUUUACGUUAUCUUGAAAUAUGUUCAUGCAUAUGAAGUCCAGUAAUCCCCCGCUAUACAUAAGGGAUGCAUUCAUGAGAAAUGCUACUUAACUUGAAAUUACUUAAAGCGAACUAUAAUAAAAUCAGGUGUUGCGCCCCUAGCAAACAUUUCUGGAAGAAAAGAGUGUCUUGAAAUGUACAAAAAUGCAUGUGGUUAUAGGUUCACAUUUUAAUAAAUACAAACACCAGACAUGGUUGAAUAA